CCAAGAUGGCGAUGUUAGCUGAACGUGAGUAAAACCGAAUGGGGACAACUUUGAUUAUCAAAUGUUUUAACUUAUUAAAUGCUCGUAGAAAACAGAAGUGGUCUGUAGAUCCUAGGAAUAAUGCAUGGAGCAAAGAUGACUCGAAGUAUGGGCAAAAGUUGAUGGAAAAGAUGGGAUGGUCCAAAGGAAAGGGACUUGGAGCGAAGGAACAGGGAGCCACUGAACAUAUUAAAGUGAAACUGAAGAAUGAUAAUCUAGGACUCGGAGCAACAGUAAGCCAUGAGGAUAAUUGGCUUGCUCAUCAAGAUGACUUUAAUCAGCUUCUAGCAGAACUGAACAGUUGUCAUGGACAAAAUGAUUCAGAAUCUGCAGUCACUGACUCACAAGAAACAUUCAGUCUUGAAAAGAAAUCUAAGUCUUGUAAGAAGCGUGUUCAUUACAUGAAGUUUACAAAAGGAAAGGACCUUUCUUGUCGUACAGAAACAGAUUUAGCCUGCAUUUUUGGAAAAAGGAAACGUCACGCAGAGCAAAAAAGCAAGGUAACUGAAACACAUCAAAGUGAGUCAGCUUGCAGUACUAAAUCCUUGGAAGAUGGGGAAGAAAAAAAAGAAAGUGUUAAACCACAAGUAGAUUAUGAGCAAGAAAUUAUCCAGGGCAAGACUGUGACCAGCUCUCUCACAGUUCAAGAAUAUUUUGCUAAGCGUAUGGCAAUACUCAAGAAGGCCCAUACCAGAGAAGAACAGGAUCUCAGUCCUUCUAUAGAGACUUCAGUGGCAUCAUUGUCUCCUAAGGAAUCAAAGUUAAAAAAGAAGAAACAAAAGAAGAAAGAACAGGAGAAAGAUGAUUCAGAACUUGUCUUUGAAGAUUCCAAAAACUACGAUGAGGAUAGUUUGGCAGAAUCAAAUUGCUCUAGUUUACAGGACAGCUAUGUGGACCCUGACUGCCAUCCUAUAAAAAAGAAAAAGAAGAAGAAAGAUAAGAACAAAGGUGAUGAGAGAAAUCUGAAAGAAAACAUCUCCAUCUUGGGGAAGACUGCUUCAGAAGACCUGGCUGAUAAUUUCUCACAAGUAAAUGGAACCACUGAACAGUGUUGGGAGGAAAAGCAAAAGAAAAGGAAAAAACUUAAACAGAAGGAGGAAACCGAAACCUCAGAGUAUUUGGACGGCCACAGCAUACAUUUAUGGCAGCCACUAGAGGGUGAAACGUCUAAAAAGGGGAAAAAGAAGAAGAAAUAUACUGAAUGAUAAUCUGAAAACAUUUGAUUAGCAAGGGGGUGGAAUUUGAUAUACUUAUUUGGAAGAGUAAUGUUUUAGGUUUUUUCAGUACCUGUGCUGGUGACAGUGGAAAGAGACAUAUAUAAUGGUCAGUAGAUGAAUUGUACUGCAAGCUUUAUGACUUUGGUUCAGACUUCAUUACAUUCGUGAAUCCCAGUUUAACUUUGUUUCCAUGGUAUUUAUUUUACAACUGAAAAAGAAAAAUAAUAAAAUAACUUUUCAAUGUCACCACUUUAUGAAAAACACGCAAAUCUCCCUAACUCCUUGACUAAUAUCUUCCAGGAUUUAUAGAAAUUAGAGAAUCGAUUAAAGUGGUGACUCGGUAAGUUGUUUUCUUAUUUUGUUCCCACAGUAGCCUGGCUGGAGCAAGGCAUGUGUAGACCAUGCCUUAAAGACUUAGUUUGUGUUUCUGUGGAUGUUUACAAAGUAAGUGUGAUUUUAAGUGAUGUUAUUUACAGUAGCCUAAACAUAUUACUCAUGAAGGUUUUAUUAAUCCACUGAUUUAAACUUAUUCCACUGUUAGAUCAAUGUAGACCCAUGCAAUGAAGAUCAUAUUUGAUUAUCCAUUGACACUUUUACAGAGUUAUCUUCUAGACAAAUGAAGAACAGUGUACUGUGUUUUAUAAAUGGACAAAUCAACAUGCACCUUUGUCAUGAAUUAAUUAUUGUAAUGUUUCCAAUCGGUCAAAUGUGCAUAGUAGGUAUUUAAAGAGCACAGUUCAAUUAUUACACUGUUUUGUUUUAGUUUUUACAUUACUAGCUUUCUGAUUCUGUGUAUCAAUGCCUUUAGGCCUCUGUUCCACACUUUUGUGUCCCACUAUCAUGUACUGCCUUUUUUCUUUACUGUGUACUUCCCUUAGCAGUGUCCUAGUUGCCUUUUGGCUUCUUGUUAGAAGUCAGUUCAGAUAUAGUACAUACCAUAUAAAGUUGAUGAGACAAGCCCCUUUUAUUUUUUUGCAGUGUCUGGGGACAUGUGCUUUGAUGUGAUAACACAGUGAAUUAACAACUGUUUGCCUAUCAGAACUGCAUUUGUGGUUAUCCAUAGCAUAUAGUUUAACUUCUGUCCAAUGUCAUGUUUCACUAGAUUUGGCUCCUUGUCUUCCUGCUUAUUAAGAAAAGCAGUCAGUUGAUACACCCCCCUCCCUGUAUGGCUUUCUUGUGAUCCAGGUAAUUUCCCAGACUAAUUUUAGUAGGGAAAACUCCAGAUGUUUUGGUAGACUGUAGUCAAAUGCAUAAGCACAACUUAAGAAGUAAACUGUACUGUUAAAGCUUGUUUGUGUAGAAUAAAUAGUAAACAGAAAAAAAAUGCACUGUUCCCUUUAAAUGAGUGAGCUGCUCAUCCAAGUAAAUGUGAGAAUAAGUGAUUUCUGUGUAUGUACUACAUUAGAAGUUGAUACAGUAUAAAGCACCAAGACAAACUUGUAGUUUACUACUCUGCUAUUGUGAAAUAAGCAUGGUGAUUGACUUGGUAUAUGUCUAAAUGUUACACAUUAGUAGUACAUCCUGCCAUAUUUACUUGGGCACAGCUUAAUUAGUAGUACAGCCUAACAUAUUUACUUGGGCACAGCUUAAUGCACACCUUGUAGGCCAUGGUGUACAGAUUGUUUUACAGGUGACAUUUUACCAAGCUCCAUGGCACUAUGUAUUCCAUCUUUAAAAAUAAUGAAGUAAUCAUAAAUGAGCCAGAAAGAAUGUAAUUGUCUCUGGAAGUAUGCAUUUAUAAAUUACAGCCUACCAAAA